CACAGUAACCCUUCACAGAGUUCGCCCGCUGCCAUGUGACGGUAGGACAGAAGCCCCCCACCCCGUCACUCUCCCUGUUUAUAUAUAUAAUAUAUAUAUGUAUGAGUUAGGUGACAGAAACCCCGGAGAAGCCGAGUCGGCGCUCACGGUGAAUUAGCGCCGGUUUUCUUGAGAGUUUUGCUUUGCCGGGGGAUCAGUAUUCUUCGCUCUCUCGGUCCGAACCAAGUGACCGAGCUUCGAUGAUUAUAGUGCGGGAGCCGCUCUCCUGACUGGACUUUCUCGGAUACUGUAAAGGAUCUAUUUAAAUGCAUCUGAAACACACCGUGCUCCUCCCCUGUUAAAGCAUCUUCAUUAUUUCAGGGGAUAAACUUUUUUUUUCUGUGCGAUAGACAGAGGAAUUACUGCGCUGUUUCAGGAACCAGGACGGUGAAGCAAUGAUCGCCAAUGAAACGUACGCUUCCGACCGCGGGCUGUCGGGUAGCCCCAGCCCGCAGUGGAUGCUGGCUGUCACUUUGUUUGCCCUGCUCGGGCUGCACGCCUGGAAGUGGUUGCAACACAGCGACCCCAAGGGUCCGCCCGGCCCUUUCCCCUGGCCCCUGAUCGGCAACGCGGCUCAGAUCGGCCAGGUGCCCCACCUCAGCUUCUGCAGAAUGGCCGAGAAGUACGGCAGCGUGUUCCGCCUGAAGCUGGGCAGCCACACCGUGGUGGUGCUGAACGGCGAGGAGUCGAUCCGCCAGGCGCUGGUGAGACAAGGCGCCGAUUUCUCGGGCAGACCGGACUUCAGCUCGUUCGCUGUGGUGUCCGGGGGCCGGAGCCUGGCUUUCCGCAGCCACGGCGACUUGUGGCGGCUGCACCGUAAGGUCGCUCACUCCACGGUGAGGGCUUUCUCCACCAGCAACCUGGAGACCAAGAAAGUAUUUGAGCAACAUGUGGUGUGCGAGAUGCAGCAGCUGAUCAGUGUGUUCAUGGACAGGGGCCCCCUCGGCCAUUACUUUGACCCGUGGCCCAACCUGGUGGUGGCCGUGGCCAAUGUGAUGAGUGCAGUGUGCUUCGGCAAGAGGUACAGCCACGAUGACCAGGAGUUCACCUCGUUACUCGCCAAGAACGACCGCUUCGGCCAGACAGUGGGAGCCGGCAGCCUGGUCGACAUCAUACCCUGGCUCCAGUACUUCCCCAACCCGGUACGCAGCAUCUACCAGGACUUCGAGCAGCUCAACCGGGACUUCUACCUGUUUGUCCAGGACAAGGCUCGGCAACACCGCCUAGAUUUCCGCCCAGGCCGGGUCCGGGAUAUGAUGGACGCCUUCAUCCACACCAUCGAGCACGGCCGUGUAGCCAGCGACACCGGCCUGAUCCUCAGCCCCGACUACGCGGAUUCAACCGUCACGGAUAUCUUCGGGGCCAGUCAGGACACGCUAUCCACCGCCCUGCACUGGAUCACCCUAUACCUGGUGUGGCAGCCCCAGGUCCAGGCCAAGAUCCACGAGGAGCUAGACCGUGUGGUGGGCAGGCAGCGUAUCCCCAGCAUCGAGGACCAGCCCCGCAUGCCCUACCUGAUGGCGUUCCUGUACGAGACCCUGCGCUUCAGCAGCUUCGUGUCUCUCACCAUCCCGCACGCCACCACCCGACCAACGCUGCUCUCGGGUUACCGCAUCGACAAGGGCACCGUGGUCUUCAUCAACCAGUGGUCAGUUAACCAUGACCCACACAAGUGGCAUCAGCCCGAAGUCUUUGACCCUUGCAGGUUCCUCACCGAGGCGGGCACCUUCAAUAAGGACCUGGCCAGCCAAGUGAUGAUCUUCUCGCUGGGCAGAAGGAGGUGCAUCGGGGACGAGCUGGCCAAAAUGCAGCUCUUCCUCAGCACCUCCCUCCUGAUGCACCAGUGCACCUUCAGGGCCAACCCCAAAGAGGAGCUCACUCUGGACUUCACCUACGGCUUAUCCUUAAAACCCAAACCUUUCACCAUCGGCGUGACUCUGCGUGACACAAUGGAGCCUUUGAAUGAGGCAGUGCGGAGAAUCCAACAGGCCGACAACAAUCAAUAACUUAUGGGAUAUUAUCCGGCUCUUGCCGAUUCAGAGCGGGAAUACUAUGGGGUUACAUUUCACGUGGUUGCGCUGGUCGAAACUUUCUGCUGUUGUCUUUAACCCACUCGAGUUAUGCUGUGAACAAUUGUUGUAUGGUAAUAAUGGGAGCAAAGGUAACCAGACCGGAAAAGGUUCCUGGGGUGAAGCAUGUCUUCGUGUGUACUUGCAUUCGCACUCUUUGGGCAGCGGGAAGUGAGGGGUUCUCUUUAUAAACUGCGUUUUGUAAAGAUAGGUCCAACCUUGACAGUGCUAGUGAGCAAAGUGAUAUAGAUUUAACACAGCUAGAAUCGCUAGGAGCCGACUCGAUGGAUCAGACGUCUGCUCCCACAUCCUUCCAGCCUUAUAGUUGGCACCCUUCGAAAUAAAACACGUUUUGUUUUGAAGGGUAAUAGUUUGCAUUUGGCCACACUUGAUUCUGAAGUCUUGUUUUCCUCAGUCAGACCUUAAUACAAUGAACAGUCCCUGAAGUUGCUUUAGGUGCAGAGAAGGAGUUGGCAGUAUUGAAGGUUUGCUGACGUAUCAGUCACCGCAAAUCCGACACUAAUUCACUGCGAGAACAAAACUAAAACCUUUGAGCUCGUUGCAAACACGCCGACUCCAGGCACCACCAUUUCAGUAGUGUCCGCCCUGCCACUUGCGGAUUUUCAAUCUUCUGAUGAUUUGACAUAAUGGUUCUCAAUCCUCAUUUCCUGGCAAAGAGUUGUCCUGUAUCGGAACUUUGACAGAAACCAUCCCCUACGUCCCUCCUCCAUCCUAACCCCACGUUUCCUUCUCAAUCUGCAAACUGUCAAACGGGGAGGAACCAGUGACAGAAACUAACCCCGAUGGAAGUACCUUAUUAUGACCAACUCCGUCGCGUUUCAUGUACAAACAGGAUUUACUUCGAAAUUAAUAGAUUAUCUGGGAUUGGAGAUAUGUGAACAGACCUAAGAAAUAUUGCACCGCCACUUUACUGUCAUCCAAUUCUCUGUUCUUGUUUUGCCACUGGAAACAAAAGUAGUCUUCAUAUUUAUUCACAUGUCCAGUGUUAUCAUUUUAAAGCAGAAUGCAUUAUUCCUCGUUCCCUAGAGAUGUGACAAGUUAGCCUAAAUCAUGUGCAUAUAGUGUGUGGGUUUGUUGCAGUGACAGACGGGCUCGCCCACGCGCAGUGAGACACAACAUUGCGACCAAAGUUUCUCAAUGUUCAGGACAGGCAGUCGGAAAUGAAAGGGAACUAACCUUGGCAAAGACUGUAGGUUGUGUCAUUUGGCCAGUCUCAAGUGAAAGGCGAGAUUGUUUCACAGUUUGCGCACAUUGAAUCGUCGAUUUAAGGCCAAGCAGAGAAUUUAAGCGCAAUUAAUUCAAUGUUCCCAUCUGACCCUUAGUUUGUUUGCAACAUUUUAAGCGGCGACACCAUUGCACUUAGCCAAAAUCAUAACUGCUUUUCACCCUUUCUGUAAAUAGGCAUUCAUUGAGAGUUUAUGAUAUAGGCCUUCAUUUUUUAAUCAAGAUUUUAAAAAUAGAUUUCAAUGCUUCUCCAGGUAGACUCAGUUAUCGAUUUUUAAAAAUCAACUUGUUCACACUUCUGGAGCAGGUGGGACUUAAACCCAAGUUUCUUGGCUCUGAAGCAGAGACACUACCACUAAAUCAGAACAGCACAUGAAUGUAACAUUUAUACUGACGUAAAGUAUCUUACAGAGUCAAUUGCUAUAUAUCUGAUGCCACCAUCUGAUCCACAACAUUUACUAAGACCUUACUUUGUUCUUUACUAAGAUCUUCCAGUUUUAACAUUUGAUUAAGGCAGAAUCUAGUGUAAAACUGAUCUUUGUGGAAGAUGACUGAUCCAAGUUGCAUAUCUUGCUCUGUGAUGAUUGCUAAAGAAGAGGUGUGAGCAUUAGUCUCUGUAUGGCUGGGCUGGGGAAAGGGAAAAACAAUAAAUUAGUGCUUUACCUCCUGAUCACUAUCUACUGACUUGCUGAAGCACUAAUGUGUAUGGAUAUUGGGAGACAAGAAAAUGCGGUUGGUCUAUAAUGCCCUCCAUUGGUAAAAAAAGCCUCAAUUGAAAGGACCCUCUCAUACAAAUUACCACUUGGGUGAAGUACUGUAAGGCCAUUUCCCUAUGAAUUCAUACUCCAGCAAUAAGCAAAGCCUUUAGAGGGAAAAAAAUAAACUGAUAACACUAAUGAUGGAAUAAAAAUGUACUGGAGAAGGGUGCUGAGUUUGAAUUCAUCUUAAAAUAGAACAUUGGAAAGUUUUUGUUCCAGGGAAUGCUUGAAUACAAAGGUAUGUUAUGCAGAUAACUACCUAAAGUGCAUAAGUCAUCUUUUCCCAUUAAACAUUUUCAUAUUUACUUUGGGUAUAAUCCAUUCAAUAAAACAAAAUAAACACUCUUUUUAGGAAACAGUAGAUGUACAGAUUACUACCAUUGGUGUACCAGUUUAACCACUUCCUCCAUCGUCUCUGAAAAGACAAUAUCUUUUGAAAUUAAUGGAUUCUAAUACAUAUUGAUUUGGUUCUGAGAAAACUGGACUGGAUAUGGAUUUAAAUGUUAGCUGCAGAUGAACCUUUGGGUUGUCAGUAGAUUUCAUCAUAGCAAUUGUAAAGUGUUUCCUAGCUGUUAGUGUUCCAAUCCUUUACAACUAACUGUCUGAGAUUGGACCAAUUGUAUGUCAUACUGAUGAGAUUGCUGAAAAUUAAAAUAACAACAUCUAGAAGAAAUAUCCUCACCAUGUAAGUAAAUCUUGUACAUUGUUAUCUCCAUCCUGCACGGCACUACAGUUGGCCACACAACAAAGCUUAUUUUGAAUAUGAAUAUUUAAAUAAAUACAAUCAGGAAGGCUAAAACUAAAUAUUGGUUCCAAAAUAAUUGUUGACAUCUCAAACUGUGCAUCUUCCUUACUGCAGUAGGUCAAACAACCAACACAAUAUAACGGUAAAUUCAUUUCCUUGGCAGAAUUUUGCAAAAUUAUCUAAGUUGCAGAAGUGAGGAGGUAAUUUUCAUUUUUUUGGGAAAUCUCUAAAUUGUCUUUGAUGAUUUAAGUUUCUCUAUCAGAAGUCACCCUGUCAUUCAUUGUAUUUUAUGAUCAAAUCAGCACUGUUGGAAAAAACAGAGAGUUCAAGUAUUAAUAAGUUGAUGCAAUCUUUCCCACAGCAGCAAGAGCUGUUAUGUUCAACAAUUUGGGGAACAAUGUUGAGUGCUAAGGAAUAUU